CUGCAUAGUGAGACCUUGUCUCAGAAAAAAAAGACAACUUGUUAACGGACAUAAAAAGAGUACUUUCCCAAAUCGUUUUAAAUUUUUACAAAGAACAUCUACCAUUUUUAAAAAUGCUAUAGAAAAAGAGCUGGGCGUGGUUUGUAAGAGGGCCAGCUCUAGAAGGACUACGUUUCCCAGGAGGCUCUGCGCCGGUGCGCCCCGCUUCCCGACAGGCCCCGCGCGCUUCCGCGCCAGCUUCAGCCUCAGCCCGCGAGCGGAAGGGUAUGGAACGCGGUUACGAGUCUGCGGUGGAAAAGCAACGUAUCCACGUGCGGCCCGCCACGCUGCAGGACGCCGCCCCGGCCGCGUUGCACUUUCUUCCCUGCGAAGUCCUGGCGAGCCGGCCUGCCCCCGUGGAGCGUUUCUUUUCGCCCGCCAUCCGCCAGGGCGCGGACGGUCUCCAGGUGUCGUUUCGGGGGCGCAGUAUGCGCGGCGAGGAGGUGUCCGUGCCGUCCGGCCUCGCGGGAUUCGUGAUGGUGGCGGAGGAGAAGGAAGAGGGACUGAUAGGGAAGCAGGACUUCGGGGACUCCGAGAACAAUGGCGAGGAACAGGAGCAGGAGCCGCUGGAGCGGGGCUUCGACCGGUUUAUGGGAGCCACCGGCAGCUUCAGCAGCUUCACGGUGUGGGGCCUGGAGACCGUCCCUGGCCCGGAUGCUAAAGUGCGGGGCGCCCUAGCGUGGCCCACCCUCGCUGCCGCGAUUCACGCACAGGUGCCAGAGGACUGAGAACAGGAGAGCUUGGAAUUGAAAGCCAUCGAUCUCUUCAUACCAGUAACCAGCUCUGCACUUCGGAGCCACUGAUUCCAUCAGCCCAAUAAAUGAGCUUAUCAUGGCA